AUGAAUUAAGCUAACCUCAUUUAGUGUUAAGUUUUAGAUCCUUAAUUGAAACCUCUUCUGAGGGAAAAUAACGACACUCCUUUCUAAAGGAAGUCGUUACUCAUCAAAUUUAAUUCUGCAAAAAUCUGUCAAGUUGUUAUUAAAUUAAAUCAGAAACCUAGAAAUAUUGUAGCUACUUUAACUAAUCUCUAGAACUAAUCAUCCAAAACCAAUUAGUUAGGCUGUAUAAUUUCACUACUUUACUAACGAGAAUAAAAAAGUCAUUUAUAAUAGCUCGAUUAACACGAAUUAGUUCUACACUGGUCUUCAAAUUAAGAUAGAACAGGAUGA